CGCAUAAGAAACUAACUUUUCUGGGGGAACAGAGCGAGCGGAGCGCCCCCUUUGUAAUUAAAGUGAGGGGGAGCGCAGACGUGCCACAUCACAAUCCAAAUGGAAUACAAAUGGAUCAAAAUGAACUCUAUUAUCUUCACGUUUAAUAUAUUCGCUAUAUCCGUCUGGUCCGCUCCUCCGCGGUGCGAACCGGGAGACGAAAUUUUAGGUAAUGUAUGAUUUAUUCUAAGCCGGAUACUACAGUCUUCUGGAUGCAGUUGUACUUCAUGAGCGAAAUACCAGAACUGAUUGCAACAAAUGUUUACAGUGUUUUGGGAGAUGCAGGGAAUCAGCCGAAGAAAAACCCAGGUGCGCGGAUAUGGUGCUGGGAUACUGCGACGACAUGCCCUACUCCCAGUCCAUCUUCCCCAACCUGCUGGACCAGCGCUCACGGCAGGAGGUGGAGACGAGCAUAGAGUACCUGCUGCUCAGCGUGUAUAACUCGCUGCUGGGCGGGGAGUGUAACCCAGACCUGCGCUUGCUGUCGUGUUCGGUGGUGGUACCACGCUGUGACCGCGACCGAGCUGUCAAGCCCUGCCGCUCCACCUGCGAGCAAGUGCGCAAGUCUUGCAUCCACGCCUUCGAAGGCAUCCAGAUGGCCUGGCCCUAUUUCCUGGACUGCGACCGCUUUUUCGUCAGUGAUGAGGAAGGGUGCUACGACCCCCUAGAAGGUCUGAGAGCCAGGCAAGAGGUAGCCCUGGCCGAUAUCGCCCCGGAGGAGCCGUCGACAAUCAUCCAGUUCAUCUACCACUCCAACACCCAGAUGGUGAACAUGCUGAAGAAGACGGCCUCACGGUGCUCCCACAUCUCCAGGACCUACAGCAUCGGAAGAAGCCUCGAGGGAAAGGACCUUCUGGUCAUCGAAUUUUCAGAAAACCCAGGCGGCCACGACCUAUUGGAACCUGAGGUGAAGUACAUCGGCAACAUGCACGGGAAUGAGGUGCUGGGCAGAGAGCUGCUCAUCUACCUUGCUCAGUACCUGUGUUCUGAGUAUCUGCUGGGCAACGAGCGAAUCCAGACGCUCAUCAACACCACCCGCAUCCACAUCCUGCCCUCCAUGAACCCUGAUGGCUAUGAACUGGCUGCCGCAGACGUAGAGGAUAGCAAUGAUCCAGAAAAUCAGGAAGGCCCGAGGUACGACGCAUGGACCAGUGGCCGAACCAACGCACAGAACAUCGAUCUAAAUCGGAACUUCCCUCAGCUGACAUCCAUCGUCUAUAGUCGCCGGAGAAACCGGCGAUAUCGCAGUGAUCACAUUCCCAUUCCAGAUUCCUACUGGUUUGGUAAGGUGGCGCCUGAGACAUAUGCAGUGAUGAAGUGGAUCAGGACCGUCCCCUUUGUGAUCUCAGCCAGUUUCCACAGUGGGGACCUGCUUGCCUCCUAUCCAUUCGACUUCUCUAAACACCCUUUGGAGGAAAAGAUGUUUUCACCAACCCCAGAUGAGCAGGUCUUCAAGCAGUUGGCGAGAACUUACGCUGAUGCCCAUGCUGACAUGGCCGAUAAAAACACUGAGAGGUGUGGGGGUACCUUUGCCAACAACGGGGGCAUCGUUAAUGGUGCCCAGUGGUACAGCUUUGCAGGAGGAAUGUCUGACUUUAACUACCUUCAUACAAACUGCUUGGAGAUCACUGUGGAGCUGGGCUGCGAUAAGUUCCCAGCUGAGGAAGAGCUCUACACAGAGUGGAAGCGGAAUAAGGAAGCUCUUCUGAGCUUCAUGGAGUCGGUGCACCGCGGGAUAAAAGGGAUAGUUAAAGACCAAAAGGGUAAAGGGAUCAAAGGAGCCAGAGUGUCGGUGAGAGGAAUCAGACGCGACAUCACCACAGCUGAGGAAGGUGACUACUGGCGUCUGCUAGCCCCCGGCGUGCAUAUCGUGACGGCCCAGGCCCCCGGCUACACCAGGGCCACCAAGAAGGUGUUCCUGCCCACACGCAUGCAGCAGGCCGGCCGCGUCGACUUCCAGCUGAAGCCCGUGGUCCUGGAGCCGGGCAUGGAGGACCUCCACAUCCCACUAACGGACACCUACGACCGCUUCGACCCGUACAACCAGUUCGAGCGCUACACCAUGUCGGAGCUGCACCAGGGUGGAGAUGAGGGCCCUGAGAAGCCGUGGUGGUGGUCCUACUUCAGCCAGACCGGGGGCGCCACCCCAAACUGGCUCCUGAGGAACAACUAAAGCUUCCUGAGGGACCGUAUAACAUAAGCUUUGCAUCCAUCACAUCCUGGUGUCACUAAGUGUUUCUCAAUAUGUGUACUUGGCCGUACUUGUGUUCUCAUGUACCCGUUUUGCAUCAUCUCCCGCUGCCGUAGACCAGUUCCAAUACUAAGAUCGGAAGUACAGAGGACGGUAAAAAUCCCCUGAUGUCAUUCCUGCCCUGCCCCAAAUAUAAAGGAUACAUUGGUUGCAUCCUUGCCGAAUGAGACCAAUCCCAAGAUUCAUUGUGCCCCAAGUUCAUUCUUCAAAGGCAAGUUAGCAAGACCGUUCUUGCCGAGACCCCAAGUAUGAUCUUAGCGUUCUUCUUGGUAUUUAGAAACGACCACUAUCUACAGUCACACUGACUCCAAAGGACGCCCCCCCCCAUCCCCUAGAAGCACUCCCACCCUCCUGGUGAUUGGGUUGAGUUAUACUGGUCCAAGCCAGAACCAACAAGCUCCACCACCAAUCACACGGUUAGAGUGUAUACAAAGUAGAACAGAUGGCAUUGCAUUGCUGACCCAUGUACCAAUCACAUCUUCCCUUGCAUUCCCAGUGUAUCAUAUGCAGCCCAGAAAACAUCUUUUGUCUUCCCCCAUUGGACAGUCCGUGUCAGUGUGUUUUUAUUCUGUGGUUAAUGCCUUCUUAAGGUUACUGUGUUGCCAUUGCCUGGCAAACAGGUGUCAUUGAUGAGAGAGAUUCACGCUGAGUAAGUACUGCUGACUGCCCUUACGUUUCAAAGCAAACCAUAGCAAUCUGAGCCUUUUGUGUCUUUUACCCAAAAUGCCUCAGAAGACAGUAACUAUGGUGUAAUUAAAACAUCCUGACAAAGGUGUGUAUCUACAGAACGAACCUGAUGUUUCUCUUUUGCUGAAGAUGCACAAAAAGAUACCACUUGGCACUCCAUAAAGGUUGUUUUAACAAUGUUAAAGUUACUAUUAAAUUACAAUUAAUUUUACUAUACAUGAACUGUAUUAAUAAUAGUGAGAGUACUCGAUUAACACAAAAUGGCACCAAUUCAGUUCAGUUUUCAGCUAACAAGGGUUUUUCUGCCUGUCACACCGAUAUCUGAUGUCUGCCACAAUGGAAUUAGCACGGUGAGCUAAGCUGCACUAGCUUGUCCUCGGGUCUGCCACUGAAAUCCUCUGCUUCCCCCAGAGAAUUACUCAGAGGAGUAAAAAGCUUUUACCUGGCCUUUCGGAUUUUAAUGGAGACAAACUGUCAAGAAGCAUAUUAAGUGUUACUCUAGUAUGCUGAAAUCUCGGGAGUCAGCGUCAUCAGCGAUGCCACAAUCAAUGCAUCAUUUGGUCGAUCUGCAUAUUUUCUAAAGUGUGACUCAGGACUGGGUUAGUAAAACCAAUGACAGCUGAGCAACAUGUUUUUUUGGAAAUGCAUUUUUUUUUUAAUCUUCCUGAACCACCAUGGCCUUCAAGCCACAUUGCUCCUGGUUAAAAUUCAAGGUGAAAAAAGAUGCAAUAUAUUGAUGACAUAACAUCUCCAUUCAAUCAGUAAACAGAGCAACUAACAUCGGAGAAACCUUUUGUUAAACGACCCACAAAUACCUACCAUCAAUUCGACUUAAUUGCUGCACACUAGUGAAAGUCCUAAAAUGAACACUAGAGGUCACUGUUCCCCAGCAAUAUUAUAACUUUACCGUGUAUAGAAAUAUGCUUUUCGAUUAUAAACAUGUGUUAAUCAUUAAACAAAUCUAAGAUUA